AUGGCAUUGGCUAGAGUAUACAGUAGUGACCUAGGAAGUGAUGAUAUCAUAGCAGGGAAUGUAAGCAAAUAUGCCGUUCUCCCAGCUGGUUACUAUGGACAGCCUAAAAAAGGACAUCUUAUAUUUGAUGCCUGUUUUGAAAGUGGUAACCUUGGACGUGUGGAUCACAUCACAGAGUUUGAGUAUGACCUGUUCAUUAGGCCGGAUACCUGUAACCCACGCUUUCGAGUUUGGUUCAACUUCACUGUUGAAAAUGUGAAAGAGUCACAGAGGGUAAUUUUCAACAUUGUCAACUUCAGUAAAACAAAAAGCCUCUAUCGUGAUGGAAUGACUCCUAUGGUGAAAUCCACAAGCAGACCAAAAUGGCAAAGGCUGCCACCUAAAAAUGUAUAUUACUAUCGUUGCCCAGACCACAGAAAGAACUAUGUCAUGUCAUUUGCUUUCUGCUUUGACCGAGAGGAUGACAUUUACCAAUUUGCCUACUGCUACCCGUACACAUAUACUCGGCUCCGACACUAUCUCGACACCUUACAAAGGAGGAACAUGGACUACUUUUACAGAGAAUUGCUGGGACUCAGUGUGCAACAACGGCAACUUGACCUGCUGACUAUAACCAACCCUGUAAACCUGCGGUCUGGAGCUGAGCAGAAAGUGGUGUUCAUCACUGCCCGUGUCCACCCUGGAGAAACUCCCUCUUCCUUUGUAUGCCAAGGUAUAAUUGACUUCCUCGUGAGCCAACAUCCCAUAGCCAAAGUAUUGCGAGAUCACUUGGUCUUCAAGAUAGCUCCAAUGCUUAAUCCAGAUGGGGUAUAUCUAGGAAACUACAGGUGCUCCUUGAUGGGGUUUGAUUUAAACCGACACUGGGUGGAUCCGUCUCCCUGGGCUCAUCCCACGCUGCAUGGAGUAAAACAGCUCAUCGUUCAGAUGUACAACAAUCCGAAAAUUAGCCUGGAGUUCUAUAUUGACAUCCAUGCCCACUCCACCAUGAUGAAUGGCUUCAUGUAUGGGAACAUCUUCGAAGAGGAAGAAAGAUUUCAGAGACAAGCUAUUUUCCCCAAGCUACUCUGUCAGAAUGCUGAAGAUUUCUCGUUUUCUAGCACGUCCUUCAACCGUGAUGCUGUGAAGGCAGGGACAGGACGACGCUUCCUCGGCGGCUUAUUGGACCAUUCUUCUUAUUGCUAUACUCUGGAAGUCUCAUUCUACAGCUACAUCCUUGGAGGAACUACUUCUAAUGUCCCCUAUACAGAAGAAGCCUAUAUGAAGUUAGGGAGAAAUGUGGCCAGAACAUUCUCGGAUUACUACCGGCUAAACACCAUAUCAGAGAGACCACUGGCACCUAUCCCCAACACACGGAAAGAAAAAAUGCCCCCCUUUAAAUGUGCCACCCAGCGGGGCCCAGGGAAUAGCCACCCAGGCCGCAAGCUACAGAAGAGAAGCCAGACAAACCCUACGGAGCUCUCUCACUCGUCAUAA